AUGACCGAGCCCUCGUCCGCCGACAAUGGCGGCGGUAUCGUAGGCCGCGUCCGGGGCGCGUCCCUCUCCAUCAUGAACGCGAACCCGCAAUUGGGCAUGUGGCAGGCUGCCGGCACAGCAAUCGCCCAGGCGCCGAACCUCACCGAGCUCCGCGACCCCGAAUCCGGCGGCGACAACAUCGCCUUCACGGCGCAGGGCCACUCGGCGCGGUACGCCGUCCAGGAACCCCACGGCGACCUCGCGCUCAUCCGAUCCAACACGGGCCGGCGCGCGUCGACGUUUUCUAUCAAUGGGCAGUCUGCUGGGGGGCGGAAUGUGUUUAACGACAAGUCGGAAAAUAUCAGGGAAACGGACGAACCUGCUGUGCUGAAUGAGACUUCGGACGAAGCACGGCCGGGGACGGGGACGCAUGAUGAGAGCCUGCUGCCCAGCGAAGGUCAGCAGUUCCAGCGACGGCAGAGCCUGUAUCAGAAGCACGCGGCGGAGGAGAAGGCGCCGUGGAAGACGACAAUCGUCAAUGGUUUGAAGGCUUUUUGGAAGUUCUUCCUCACGCCGUCAGGGUUCGUCAUCACCAUCUACUGCUUGAAUAUUGUCGCAAUGCUCUUCUUCCUCCUCCUCAAGGCCGCACCAGCAAUGAACUACCCGACCGCCGACGACGACAACUCACCCCGCAAGAAGUGGCUCGAAAUCUCCAGUCAGAUCCUCAACGCGCUCUUCUGCGUAACGGGCUUCGGUCUCGCUCCCUGGCGCUUCCGCGACUUGUACUGGUACAUCCGCGCCGUCAACUUCAAGAACCAGGCGGCGAUGCUCAAGCUCGCGGCGCAGAACAAGAGCUGGUUCCGGCCGCCUGCGUGGGCUCUGCAGGGCGAGAAGGCGCCUGAGACGUUUACCGGACAGGUUGCGCCGCCGACGGCGCUGUGGAAGCUGGGGUUCACGAUUUGGAUGAUGUCAUGGGCUACCGGCACCUUCAUCGGUCUGGGAUGCGGUGUCGCCAUGCUUGCCGGUCUCAUGUCCUGGUGGGAAGGUCGGAAGGUGAAGCAAAUCGAAGGCCCAGAGGUCAAGGUCGUGGAAGGAGAGCCUGGAGAGGUGUAA